ACGCGGGGAGGACGGACCAGCAGGACAGACCGACCGGGGGCCUGGCGGGCGGAGGGCAGCGCAGCGCAGCCACGUCCCCCCUGGAUCCGCCGGCAGCCGGGUCCGGGGCUUCCGACAUGCUCCCCAGGAGAGUGUGCUGGGCAGACGAUGCUGGACACGAUGGAGGCGCCGGGCCACUCGAGGCAGCUGCUGUUGCAGCUCAACAAUCAGCGCACCAAGGGCUUCUUGUGCGACGUGAUCAUCGUGGUGCAAAACGCCCUCUUCCGCGCGCACAAGAAUGUGCUGGCAGCCAGCAGCGCCUACCUCAAGUCUUUGGUGGUGCAUGACAACCUGCUAAACCUGGACCAUGACAUGGUGAGCCCGGCCGUGUUCCGCCUGGUGCUGGAUUUCAUCUACACCGGCCGCCUGGCUGACGGAGCAGAGGCAGCGGCAGCGGCAGCGGUGGCCCCUGGGGCCGAGCCGAGUCUGGGCGCCGUGCUGGCCGCCGCCAGCUACCUGCAGAUCCCUGACCUCGUGGCUCUGUGCAAGAAGCGCCUCAAGCGCCACGGCAAGUACUGCCACCUGCGCGGAGGCGGCAGCGGCGGCGGCGGCUACGCGCCCUUCGGACGGCCUGGCCGAGGCCUCAGGGCCGCUACGCCCGUCAUCCAGGCCUGCUACUCAUCCCCGGCCGGGCCUCCGCCGCCGCCCACCGCGGAGCCGCCGUCAGGCCCGGAGGCCGCGGUCAACACGCACUGCGCGGAGCUGUACGCCUCGGGCCCGGGCCCAGCAACCUCACUUUGUGCCCCGGAGCGCCGCUGCUCUCCGCUCUGCGGUCUGGACCUGUCUAAGAAGAGCCCACCAGGUUCUUCGGCUCCCGAGCGACCUCUGAGUGAACGCGAGCUGCCCCCGCGCCCAGACAGCCCGCCCAGCGCGGGUCCGGCCUCCUACAAGGAGCCGCCGCUCGCCCUGCCGCCCUUGCCGCCGCUGCCCUUCCAAAAGCUGGAGGAGUCCGCGCCCACUCCAGAUCCAUUUCGCGGCGGCAGCAGCAGUCCGGGACCCGAGCCCCCCGGCCGCCCCGACGGGUCCAGCCUCCUCUACCGCUGGAUGAAACACGAGCCGGGCCUGGGUAGCUACGGCGAUGAGCUGGGCCGGGAUCGCGGAUCCCCAGGCGAGAGAUGCGAGGAACGUGGCGGGGACCCGGUCGCCUCACCCGGGGGUCCCCCACUCGGCCUGGUGCCACCCCCACGCUACCCAGGCAGCCUGGACGGGCCAGGCACAGGUGCCGACGGCGAUGACUACAAGAGCAGCAGCGAGGAAACUGGCAGCAGCGAGGAUCCCAGCCCACCUGGCGGCCACCUCGAGGGCUAUCCAUGCCCACACUUGGCCUAUGGAGAGCCUGAGACCUUCGGUGACAAUCUGUACGUGUGCAUCCCGUGUGGCAAAGGUUUCCCCAGCUCGGAACAGCUGAAUGCGCAUGUGGAGGCUCACGUGGAGGAAGAGGAGGCGCUGUAUGGUAGGGGCGAGGCGGCUGAGGUCGCUGCCGGAGCUGCUGGCCUCGGGCCCCCUUUUGGCGGAGGUGGGGACAAGGUCGCUGGGCCCCCGGGCAGCUUGGGAGAGCUGCUUCGGCCGUAUCGCUGCGCAUCCUGCGACAAGAGCUACAAGGACCCGGCCACGCUGAGGCAGCAUGAGAAGACGCACUGGCUCACGCGGCCCUAUCCUUGCACCAUCUGCGGGAAGAAGUUCACGCAGCGCGGCACCAUGACACGCCACAUGCGCAGCCACUUAGGCCUGAAGCCCUUCGCGUGCGACGCGUGCGGCAUGCGCUUCACGCGCCAGUACCGCCUCACAGAGCACAUGCGCAUCCACUCGGGGGAGAAACCCUACGAGUGCCAGGUGUGUGGUGGCAAGUUUGCACAGCAACGCAACCUCAUCAGCCACAUGAAGAUGCAUGCCGUAGGUGGCGCGGCCGGGGCGGCCGGGGCGCUGGCAGGUCUCGGGGGUCUACCCGGCGUCCCCGGCCCCGAUGGCAAGGGCAAACUCGACUUUCCCGAGGGCGUCUUUGCUGUGGCCCGUCUCACCGCUGAACAGCUGAGCCUGAAGCAGCAGGACAAGGCGGCUGCAGCCGAACUGCUGGCACAGACCACGCACUUCCUGCACGACCCCAAGGUGGCGCUCGAGAGCCUCUACCCGCUGGCCAAGUUCACCGCGGAGCUGGGCCUCAGCCCCGACAAGGCGGCCGAGGUGCUGAGCCAGGGCGCUCACCUGGCUGCGGGACCCGACGGCCGGACCAUCGACCGUUUCUCUCCCACCUAGAGCGCCCCUCGCCCGUGCGGCCUCGCGACCCGGCUUGUACUGGGGAGCGGCGGCCCCACCAAUCCGCGGCCUCACCUGGCCUCACUGCUUUGUGCCUUAGCCCGGGGAUGCGAGAGGGGGGGAAAUCCCGGGACGGGGGAGGGAUAGGGAAGGGGAGAUUUAUAUUUUUGAUAUCAGCUUUGACCAAAGGAGACCCCCGGCCCCUCUUCCUGUGGUUCGGUGGCCCCCUCUUCCGGCUCCGUGCUUUUGGGGGAGAGGGUGUCACUGUCUGGGCGCUCCCAGCCCUACCUCCGGCCCUUGCGACCACACCCAUUCUCACUGUGAAAUCUCCCCGCUGGGGUCGGAGGUCAGGCACAGCUGGGGAGAGGGGAGGGGACUGAGCCGGCCCAAGGCCUCCCCCUUCGGCCUCUGCCCGCCCGGGACUGAUAAUGUGAAGUUCCUCAUUUUGCACAAGUGGCACUAGCCCCAGGGCCAACCCUUCCCUCCAUCACCAGGGUGGGCAGUUUUGGAGCCAGGGCUAACGGUCCUGGCCCACCUGUCUCCACUCCCACGGUGUCCCCUUCCCUCCCUGGGGUCCCGGACUAUAUUUAUUGCAUGCGCCCCCAGGUGGCCCCCAUCCUGAGCCCAGCCUUAGCUGGCUUGGAACGAGGUCUCCCUAGCUCCCAUUCUCUUCCUUUGUAUAUCUUCUACCUUGUACACAGGCUCUUCCAGAGCCGCUUCCAUUUUCUAUACUCGAACCAAACAGCAAUAAAGCAGUAACCAAGGUCCCUAA